CUCGGUUCCGGCUUGCGGAAGAUGGCGGCGCCCAGAGCGGUAGCGUGAAACUUGGUGGUGGUGGUAGUCGCAGGCCAUUCGUGCUGGAAUCAAAACAGUGGGACCGUGCGCCAUGUCGCGACUGAUCGUGAAGAACCUCCCAGCUGGGAUGAAGGAGGAGCGUUUCCGGCAGCUGUUCACCGCCUUCGGCACGCUGACGGACUGCAGCCUCAAGUUCACCAAAGACGGCAAGUUCCGCAAGUUCGGCUUCAUCGGCUUCAAGUCUGAGGAAGAGGCCCAAACAGCGCUGAACCAUUUCAACAAGAGUUUUAUCGACAUGUCCCGGAUCACGGUGGAGUUCUGCAAGUCGUUUGGGGACCCGACAAAGCCCCGAGCCUGGAGCAAGCAUGCCCAGAAAACAAGCCAGUCCAAGCCACCUCCGAAAGACAAAGACUCCAUCUCCCCAGAAACUAAGAAGGAUGACAAGAAGAAAAAGGUAGCGGGCGAACUGGAGAAGCUGAGGGAAGAUAACGAGUUCCAGGAGUUCCUGUCGGUUCACCAGAAGCGGGCGCAGGCGGCCACCUGGGCGAACGAUGCCCUGGACGUUGAGCCCUCGAAAGGGAAGAACAACUUAGCCAACGACUACCUGAACUUCGACUCCGACUCAGGGCAGGAGAGCGAGGAGGAGGGAGCCGGGGAGGCCCCGGAAGAGGAGGACAGCGGCCUCGAACCCAAGGCAGCCGUACGGAAGGAGCUGUCGGACAUGGAUUACCUGAAAUCCAAGGUGGUGGAGGCCGAGUCGCCAUCCUCAGGGGAGAGUGAAGACGAAGCCGUGAACUGCGAGGAGGGGAGCGACGCCGAGGAAGAGGGUUCCUGCACCACCCCCGCCCAGCAGGACCUGGAGGCGGCCCAAGCCGAGACCGAGAAACCAGCCAACCAGAAGGAACCCACCAUCACCCACACCGUGAAGCUGCGGGGAGCCCCGUUCAACGUCACAGAGAAAAAUGUCAUGGAAUUCCUGGCACCCCUGAAACCGGUGGCCAUUCGAAUAGUGAGAAACGCCCAUGGAAACAAAACAGGGUACGUCUUUGUGGAUUUCAGCAGUGAAGAGGAAGUGAGGAAAGCUCUGAAAUGCAACAGGGAAUACAUGGGUGGACGCUACAUCGAGGUGUUUAGGGAAAAGAACGUUCCCGCAGCCAAGGCGCCCCCAGAGAAUAGCGCCAAACCCUGGCAAGGCCGGACACUCGGGGAGCAUGAAGAGGAAGAGGACCUGGCCGACUCUGGGAGGCUCUUUGUGCGAAACCUGCCCUACACCAGCUCCGAGGAAGACCUGGAGAAGCUCUUCUCCAAAUACGGUCCCCUGUCUGAGCUGCAUUACCCCAUCGACAGCCUGACCAAGAAGCCCAAGGGCUUUGCCUUCGUCACCUUCAUGUUCCCGGAGCACGCCGUGAAGGCCUACGCGGAGGUGGAUGGGCAGGUGUUCCAGGGCAGGAUGCUCCACGUGUUACCAUCCACCAUCAAGAAGGAGGCCAGCGAGGACGCAGACGCCCCAGGAUCAUCGUCUUACAAGAAGAAGAAAGAGUCAAAAGACAAAGCCAACAGCUCCAGCUCUCACAACUGGAACACGCUGUUCAUGGGCCCGAAUGCAGUGGCCGACGCCAUCGCCCAGAAGUACAGCGCCACCAAGAGUCAAGUGUUUGACCACGAGACCAAGGGCAGCGUGGCCGUGCGCGUGGCCCUGGGAGAGACCCAGCUCAUCCAAGAGGUGCGGCGCUUCCUCCUCGACAAUGGGGUCAGUCUGGACUCCUUCAGCCAGGCCGCCGCUGAGCGAAGCAAGACCGUGAUCCUGGUGAAGAACCUCCCGGCCGGCACCCUGGCGGCCGAGUUGCAGGAGACCUUUGGCCGCUUCGGCAGCCUGGGCCGCGUGCUGCUGCCAGAGGGUGGCGUCACAGCCAUCGUGGAGUUCCUGGAGCCGCUGGAGGCCCGCAAGGCCUUCCGACACCUGGCAUACUCCAAGUUCCACCACGUCCCCCUGUAUCUGGAGUGGGCUCCAGUGGGCAUCUUUUCCAGCCCAGCCCCACAGAAGAAAGAACCCCGAGAUGCACCAGCAGAGCCGGCCGGAAAGGACAGGAUGGAGCCAGAAACAGACGGCGAGACCCCAGAAGGUGAAAGGCCGACGGAGGGAACAGCACACGACACUUCAGCAAAGAUGGAGGAGGAAGAGGAGGAGGAGGAGGAGGAGGAAGAGGAGAGCCUUCCCGGGUGCACUCUGUUUAUCAAAAAUCUCCACUUCGACACAACCGAGGAGACGCUGAAGGGAGUGUUUUCCAAAGUGGGUGUGGUGAAGAGGUGCUCCAUUUCCAAGAAGAAGAACAAAGCAGGCGCGCUGCUGUCCAUGGGGUUUGGAUUCGUGGAAUACAGGAAACCGGAGCAGGCCCAGAAAGCUCUCAAACAGCUCCAGGGUCACGUCAUGGACGGCCACAAGCUGGAAGUGAGGAUCUCAGAACGAGCCACCAAGCCAGCCCUGACAUCCGCUCGGAAGAAACAAGUGCCCAGAAAGCAGACAACCUCCAAGAUCCUGGUGCGGAACAUCCCCUUCCAGGCUGACAGCCGCGAGAUCCGCGAGCUCUUCAGCACCUUCGGGGAGCUGAAGACCGUCCGCCUGCCGAAGAAGAUGACGGGGAUGGGCAGGCACAGAGGGUUCGGCUUCGUCGACUUCCUCACCAAGCAGGACGCCAAGAGGGCCUUCAACGCCCUGUGUCACAGCACCCACUUGUACGGCCGGAGGCUGGUGCUGGAGUGGGCCGACCCCGAGGUGAGCCUGCAGACCCUGCGGCGGAAGACGGCCGAGCACUUCCACGAACCCCCGAAGAAAAAGCAGUCUGUGGUGUUGGACGAGAUCCUGGAGCAGCUGGAAGACAGUGAGAACGACGGCGAGGAGCAGACCCUUCAGCUGUGAGCUGGCACCGAGG